UCGCGUAUGAGAGCGGCGGCGUUUGGCGCGCCUUGAAGAGCCGCCUUUCCAAGGCCGCCGACUACGUGUUUCCAUACGCGCACCUUCCGUUCGGCGGCUCUCUUCCUUUAACGCGCAAUUUUCUUGCCUUCAAAUCAAGCAGCCGCUUCCUGUAGCGCCUGAUUUUGUUUCACCCGGUGUCAACGGAGACUGCCCAAGUGAAGAGGAGCGCGAGCCGGAAGGACCAUGGACAUUGCUCAGCCGGAGAAGAAGCUGGACCUCCGGGCGAUCGUGGCAGAGCUUGUUCUUCUGGUCAAGAUCGUGCUGCUGGCCAUCGAACAUUUGUGGGAUGAGCACGCCAUGUGCCGCUCGCAGACCUCCAUGGAAGGAAAGACAGUCAUCGUCACGGGGGCCACCUCAGGCAUUGGCAAGGAGACAGCCUUAGAACUGGCGCGCAGAAAAGCGAGGGUCAUCAUCGCCUGCCGAAACCCCGAAAAGGCGCAGCAGACGGCGCAACAGAUAUUCGAGCAGACGAAGCAGCGAGUGGUCGUCAAGGCACUGGACAUGAAUUCGCUGAAGUCGGUGCGGAAGUUCUGCAACGACAUCGUCCGGACAGAGGAUAGACUGGACGUGCUCAUAAACAACGCCGGCGCCAUCGGACAUUCAAAGAAGGUCAAACUGACCGAUGAUGGCUUCGAGGAGAUACUUCAGGCAAACUUUCUAGCUCCUUUACUACUCACUGUUCUUCUGCUUGACUUGCUGAAGAAGAGUUCGCCGAGCAGAAUCAUCAACGUGGCCUCCGACUACCACCGAUUGGGCCAAGUUGGAAACGUUGGGCAGAUGGCGCGAGGUGUCAACAUGCUCACCAAUCCGACAGCCAUCUACGGGAAUGCCAAGCUGGCGCUGUGCAUGACCACCGUCGCACUGGCCGACAGGCUUCGAGGCACAGGUGUGACGGUCAACUCCCUUCACCCCGGCGCCGUCAAGACGCACAUCGUGGACGAAGGACCGGGCCUGCGCAAGUUCCUCUUCCACUUCCUCCUCGGCGUCAAAGGAAAGACGCCGUUGGAGGGAGCGCAGACGUCGGUGCGGCUCGCCGUCGAUCCCGAGCUGGCGAGCACGAGCGGCGAGUACUUCGAGAACUGCGCGCCCGCCGCAGCCCGCUACCGGAGUGCACACCUGGCCGACCGCCGUCUCGCCGAACAAUUGCUGCGCUCUUCCCUGCAGCUACUCGAGAUGCCUGCACAUGAACUCACUUACAUUCAAAAAUGA